AUGAAUCUGUCUUUGUAUACCGUCUCUGCGUUCCUGAUCAUCGAUACCGACGGGCACCGGGUGCUCGCGAAAUACUACAACCCGAAGGGGCAUCCAAAUGGCGAAUCGAAGAAGUUGACGACGUUGAAGGAGCAACGUGCAUUCGAGAAGGGGUUGUUCCAAAAGACGAAGAAGGCCGGAGGAGACAUCAUCCUGUAUGACUCGCACCUGGCGGUCUACAAGCACUCGCUUGACCUCAUCUUCUACAUUAUCGGGGACCCCUCCGAGAACGAGCUCAUGCUGCAUGCCGCCCUGGUCGCUUUCUUGGAUGCUGUCGGCAUGCUUUUACGCAACCAGGUCGAGAAGCGCGGCGUGCUCGAGAACCUUGACCUUGUUCUGCUCUGCUUGGACGAGACGAUCGACGAUGGAAUCAUCGUGGAGACAGACUCGACGACUAUCGCGUCGCGCGUCAGCCGACCAAGGGCGGACACGACUGAGAUCGUGAUCAACGAGCAGACGCUUCUGAGCGCGUACCAGACGGUCAAAGAGAAGAUGCAGCAGAGGAUAGGGCAGCUCUAG